UCAGAAACUUGUGUGACUGCUGGGAGUGAAAGCGUGGAGCUGGAGGCCUGCGGGACACAGCAGACACAGCCCUGAAGAUGCUGUUGGUUUAUGAUUCUUAUUACACACCAGCUGUUGGUUAUUACUCCGUAAACAGAUUCGUUUGUCCGGGCUUAUUACUGCUGGUUCUGCUGCUGCGACAGUCAAUAAUAAUGCUUUGUUUUUCUGUUGCUGUGUCAGCCAAUGCGAUGGUCUUUAUAGUAACUGCAGUGUCAGGACUUCUGCACCACGUUUGUCAUCAUUAGAGCGAGGGAGGCCCGCACACUCUGCUUUUCUCUGCAGCGACACCCACAUCACCGCCUCCAUGUGUGUCACAGGCUGUGACAAGCAGGAGAGCCUACACUCACGGUUACUAUGGAAACAAGUAAACUAUCCACGGGGAAGUAGGAGAAAGAAGUGUGUGGGCACCAAGGCCGAGCGCGCACCUACAAAGUGAGUUUGGAGCUGGAUUUCUUUCUGCGAGCUGAGGAGCUGCGGAGCAUCGUCUUUGUUGACGCACUCUGUGAUGGCACUUGCAGCAAGAUCUUUUGCAAGCUGUUCGAAGACGCAGACCAAACGGAGCACCUGGACUCCUCUGAACAACCCGCGGGCCAACAGCAAGGUGUUUGAAGAGAGACGAAGCCUUCUAGCAAAGUGGUUUGACAGGUGGUCUGACAGUCAGAGGAAGGCGGUGCUGCAGGACUUGGUGUUGAGCUGUUCAGUGGAGCAGCUCAGGUUCCUGAGCCUCAGUGUGAGCAGACAGCUCCCCCUGCAGGCCGCAGACUUCACCUGCCUGCUCCCCAGAGCCCUCUCCCUGUAUCUCUUCUCCUUCCUGGACCCACGCAGCCUCUGUCGAUGUGCCCAGGUGAGCUGGCAGUGGAAGAGCAUUGUGGAGCUGGACCAGCUGUGGAUGCCCAAGUGUCUGAGGCUCGGCUGGCUCCUCAGCUCCUCCCCGACACCAUUCGAACAGGGCGUCUGGAAGAGACACUACAUCCAGACAGUCCAGGAGCUGCGGCUGAGCGUCCUGCAGGGUGCUUCAUCGCAGCAGCAGUUUGUGGUUUCAGAUGUCGCAGCAGCAAGCCGUGGUCACAAAGAGCCGUCAGAAAUAGCUGCCAUCAGGUUGGAGGAGUGUCCAGCAUCCACCGGGCAGCAACCUGGAAGCAGCUCCAGCACAAGACUGAGACAGGAGAAGCAGCCAGGUGCACCCCCACCAUGGAGAGACUCUGACAGACGUCCCAAAGACACACUGCGCUUCAACUACCUGGACAAUCUGGACCCCAUCGAACAGGCGCUGAGAGCGCAGAUGAGAAACAACAGCGCCUCCACCUGCUGCACUAACACAUCAAAGGCGGAUGAUGGGAAAAAGAAAACACUCUCUGAAGCAAAUUAUAAACUACGCAAAGCCAAAUCGCUGAUGUUCCUCAGCUCCAGCAGCAGACCCCACAGUCUUCCUCAUGAUCAGACACAAACUCACCCCACAUGGACAUCGCACAGUAUCGCUGAUCACCCCGUCACUGGGGAGUCUGCUGAGCGCCUUCUCCACUUAUCCCAGUGGAACGCCGGGAUCCGUCCGAAGCCGGCGAGGACGCCGGUGCCUCGGCUGAGUGUGGAAGGGCUCAGGGCGUUCCAGCGUUCACACAGGAGCGUUCCCAAUGGCGGCGAUGGUGGAAACGCUCAGACGCGCGAUCGACACCCUGACAAGAUGCAGGAUCUAAAACUCCACCAGCCAUCCUUUAAAUACAGUCUAUGAGAGGUGUGAGGUAUUAACGUGCACAUCAGCACGCUUCUUAUUACAGUAUGCGCUUCAGGUAACAUUACAUUCAUUUGGUGUUUUGAGCUACUGGAAUCAAACUUUGAUAUAACCGCGACUCCUUUAUGUUCCACUUGUUUUAAUAAAGGCGGUUUUGUUGUGUUCUUCCUCUUUCAGUGGCAGUUAUCGAGUAUCUGUGGAAACUCGUGUGAAGAGACGACUCAGUGAAGAAUACGCUGCGAGUGGAACUAGAAAUCAUGAAGUGAGUUCGAGAUUAAAGCGGUUUCCCUAAAAGAGAGAAGAAAUUAAAAAUGCAAUUUGUUGAACAUAAUCUGCAUGUCUAAAUGGUGAAGCCUGUUGUUCUGUGAGUAGAUCUUUGGUGUUAACACAUGAGCUACCUUUGUGCUACACGUGCUGCUCUCAGAGACCAAAACUCUGCUGCUUUAAUCUCAAUUUAAGCAUUGCUGCUGCAGUCUGUGCUGCCAUCUCAAGGCUAUUUAAGCUUUGUAAUUAAAGCUAAUUCUAUGCACUUAAAGCACCAAAAUGAGUUCUCUGGUUAAACGACCUCCUCUGCCGUCUGGGGAGUCCCAACCAACACGUGCUCAGAAAGAAAAUCCUGAUUGGAGCAAACUGGCAACACAAAUUAUUUGUAGAGUUGGAGCUUUAUUCUUUCAAAUAAAAAAAUGACAGAUAAAAUAAAAAUACUGACAGAUAUUUCAUGGCAGUCUCAAAAACGUACUUUAAACCUACCAUGAGCUCACUGGUGAUUUUUUCCUUUUUAGAUGAAUAAAUAAAUUCAGGCAACAAGUUCGACCCUCAAAAACACAAAAAUAAAAAAAGGGAAGUUCCCACUGACAGAUGCUACACUCAAUUAUGAAAUUACACAGAGGUGUUUAAAGGAGGCACUGACCCUUUUCAAUUUUUCUCUUCUAACUUUGUUCAUUGCAAAGUUGCACAGAUACCUUUGGAAAACCUGAACGUCCUCCUCAGAUCCUGUAACUACCAAACGAAGGUUUGGCUGUAAAGCCCAGAGAACGAGGAGCUUUCUGAGGCUUAACACAACAACCGCGGGCUGAUCCCAGCUACCUAAGAUCAUCUAAACCACAGUGUUGCCGCUGGCUGACGUGUCUUAGCGGCAGCUUGGAGUGCCGACUGUACGAACAUGAAGCAUGCUGUGGUCAUGA